AUGCCCGGACUACCGUCCAGCAUCGACUUGGACGAAUGUAUAGAGCGGUUAUAUAGGAAGGAGCUGCUGGCAGACUCUGUCAUUGAGGCAAUAUGUGCCAAGGCUAAGGAAUUGCUCAUGAAGGAAAGUAAUGUGGUUCACCUAGCUGCUCCGGUGACCGUCGUUGGAGACAUUCAUGGCCAAUUCUUUGACAUGAUCGAGAUCUUCAAGAUAGGCGGGUUCUGUCCCAACACCAACUAUCUAUUUUUGGGUGACUAUGUCGACCGCGGCUUGUUCAGUGUCGAAACCAUCUCCCUUCUCGUCUGCUUGAAACUACGAUAUCCUUCACGCGUUCAUCUUAUUCGAGGAAAUCAUGAGUCCCGAGGUGUCACGCAAUCGUAUGGAUUUUACACAGAGUGUGCGAGGAAAUACGGCAACGCUAAUGUCUGGCAUUAUUUCACUGACAUGUUCGAUUUCCUUACUCUCAGCGUCGUAAUCAACGACCAGAUUUUCUGUGUGCAUGGAGGGCUGUCACCCUCGAUUCAUUCUAUAGACCAGAUUAAAAUCAUUGAUCGGUUCCGAGAAAUCCCACACGAAGGACCCAUGGCAGACCUAGUUUGGUCGGAUCCGGACAUCGAACACGACGAAUUUUCUCUAUCGCCGCGCGGUGCCGGAUACACAUUUGGGGCACAAGUGGUUCGCAAGUUUCUUGAGGUCAACAACAUGUCGCAUAUUUUACGCGCUCAUCAAUUAUGUCAAGAAGGCUAUCAGGUUCUAUACGAUGAUAAGCUGAGUACGGUAUGGAGCGCACCCAACUAUUGCUAUCGAUGCGGCAAUUUGGCCAGUGUUCUAGAAGUGAGCGACUCUGGAGAGCGGUUCUUCAAUAUAUUUGAUGCUGCCCCUGAGAACGAUACACACCGGAACGAACAACAAUCCCAGCAGCAGAGCAAGGAUGGUCAGAGCCCGAUCGUUGAAUACUUUUUGUGA